AUGGAUUUGGCCAGCCUGAUUCACGGUGCCGCUCCGGUGCCCAAGUCAUACAGUGAAACAUAUGGCAAGCGAUCACGACAAGCACCUCUUUCACCACCUGCCGAGGAACGUCCGAAAUGCGCCUUGCCCUCCAUCUCAUCAUUGCUCGAAGGAGCCAACGAAGCUCAGCACUCAGCCAAACGGCAACGCCUGAGCUCCCCGAUCUCAAAGCGUGAUGCUCGCUACGAUACCAUCUGUCUGCCUCCCACUCCACCUCUCCGGCCUGGUUCAGGCUCGGGCUCUCGCCAUGGUAGUGCGGUCCACUCGCCCGUGGAGAUGAGCUCUCCCAGACAUCCUUCACCACAUGCGCACCGCUCGUCGGUCUCCAGCAACGGCAGCUCGAUCGGCUCUCAAUCACACCAUGCUCUCCCUCAAAAUUACUCGCAUGGUCCCUACGCAUCUCCCGCUCCCAGCGUCUCUUCCACCUCUUCUCACUCCUCCUACACCUCGCCUGUAGAAGCCACCCACCCUUCCACCUCGCCACUUUACUACUCGCGUCCUCCACCUGUCAUCAACACGAAUACUCCCGCCUCCACACCACCCGCUCACCCCGUCAGCGCCCAGAAUGCUUCGGGCUUGAUCUCCCCCGUGACUCCUGCGUGGCCUCAUCAACAUCACCACUACUUCCCUCCCACCAGUGCUGCGCCUUAUCAGCAGAAUCAUGACCGAUAUAUCUGCCGCACCUGUCACAAGGCCUUCUCUCGGCCUUCCAGCCUGCGCAUCCACUCCCACUCCCACACCGGCGAGAAGCCAUUCCACUGCACACAUCCCGGCUGUGGCAAGGCAUUCUCCGUGCGCAGCAACAUGAAACGCCAUGAGCGAGGCUGCCACUCGGGACGCCCUGCAGCUCUGCAGGCCAUGGUCUCUUAA